CCCGCCCCUCGGUCGGCCUGUUUUCCGCGCCUGGGCGCCGGCUGCUACCGCCAAGGCGGCUACUGUGUUUCGAACUUGAGGUGAUGGGACUUCCCGAAGAACGGAGCCGGAGCGGCAGCGGGAGCCGGGCCCGGGAGGAGGCUGGAGCUCGGAGUCGGGUGCGGAGCUGGUCUCCGCCGCCCGAGGUCUGCCGUUCGGCGCACGUCCCCUCGCUGCAGCGCUACCGCGAGUUGCACCGGCGCUCCUUGGAGGAGCCGAGAGAGUUUUGGGGAGACAUUGCCAAGGAAUUUUACUGGAAGACCCCAUGUCCUGGUCCAUUCCUUCAGUACAACUUUGAUGUGACUAAAGGGAAAAUCUUCAUUGAAUGGAUGAAAGGAGCAACUACCAACAUCUGCUACAACGUACUGGAUCGAAUUGUCCAUGAGAAAAAACUUGGCGAUAAAGUUGCUUUUUACUGGGAGGGCAAUGAGCCAGAGGAAACCACCCAGAUCACAUACCGAGAGCUUCUGGUCCAAGUGUGUCGGUUCAGCAAUGUUCUCCGAAAACAGGGCAUUUGCAAGGGUGACCGAGUGGCCAUCUACAUGCCCAUGAUCCUGGAGCUCGUGGUGGCUAUGCUGGCAUGUGCCCGCCUUGGGGCUCUCCACUCGAUUGUGUUUGCGGGGUUCUCUUCAGAGUCUCUUUGUGAACGGAUCUUGGAUGCCAAUUGCAGCCUUCUCAUCACUACAGAUGCCUUCUACAGGGGGGAAAAGCUUGUGAACCUGAAGGAGCUGGCUGACGAGGCCCUGGAGAAGUGUCAGGAGAAGGCUUUCCCAGUGAAAUGCUGCAUUGUGGUCAAGCACCUGGGGCGGGCAGAGCUGGGCACAGGUGACUCUCCCAGCCAGUCUCCUCCAAUUAAGAGACCAUGCCCGGAUGUGCAGAUCUCCUGGAAUGAGGGGGUUGACUUGUGGUGGCAUGAACUCAUGCAGAAGGCAGGGGAUGAGUGUGAGCCUGAAUGGUGUGAUGCUGAAGACCCACUCUUCAUCCUGUACACCAGUGGCUCCACAGGCAAACCCAAGGGCGUGGUACACACAGUUGGGGGCUACAUGCUCUAUGUGGCUACAACCUUCAAGUAUGUGUUUGACUUUCAUGCAGAGGAUGUGUUCUGGUGUACUGCAGACAUUGGCUGGAUCACUGGCCAUUCCUAUGUCACCUAUGGGCCACUGGCCAAUGGUGCCACCAGUGUUUUGUUUGAGGGGAUUCCCACAUACCCGGAUGUGAGCCGCCUAUGGAAUAUCGUGGAGAAGUACAAGGUGACCAAGUUCUACACAGCACCUACAGCCAUCCGUCUGCUCAUGAAGUUUGGAGAUGAGCCUGUUACCAAGCACAGCCGGGCGUCCUUACAGGUGCUAGGAACUGUGGGCGAACCUAUCAACCCCGAGGCCUGGCUGUGGUACCACCGGGUGGUAGGUACACAGCGCUGCCCUAUCGUGGACACCUUCUGGCAGACAGAGACAGGUGGCCAUAUGCUGACCCCCCUCCCUGGUGCCAUACCCAUGAAGCCUGGUUCUGCUACCUUCCCGUUCUUCGGGGUAGCUCCUGCAAUCCUGAAUGAGUCUGGGGAAGAGUUGGAAGGUGAAGCUGAAGGCUAUCUGGUGUUCAAGCAGCCCUGGCCAGGGAUCAUGCGCACGGUCUAUGGGAACCAUGAACGCUUUGAGACCACCUACUUUAAGAAGUUCCCCGGGUACUACGUGACAGGAGAUGGCUGCCGGCGGGACGAGGAUGGCUAUUACUGGAUCACCGGCAGGAUUGAUGACAUGCUGAAUGUAUCUGGACACCUGCUGAGCACGGCAGAGGUGGAGUCAGCACUUGUGGAACACAAGGCUGUUGCAGAGGCAGCCGUGGUUGGCCACCCUCAUCCUGUGAAGGGCGAAUGCCUCUACUGUUUUGUCACUUUGUGCGAUGGCCACAUCUUCAGCCCAGCUCUCACUGAAGAGCUCAAGAAGCAGAUUAGAGAAAAGAUUGGCCCCAUUGCCACACCGGAUUACAUCCAGAAUGCACCUGGAUUGCCUAAAACUCGCUCAGGGAAAAUCAUGAGGCGGGUGCUUCGGAAGAUCGCUCAGAAUGACCACGACCUGGGGGACACGUCCACUGUAGUCGACCCAUCCAUCAUCACCCAGCUCUUCAGCCACCGCUGCAUGACCAUCCAGUGAACAAGACCCUGCCUGGAACCCAGGAUUACCCCCUGCUUGGCUUUCCAAAGUUUUGCCCCCUCCCUGUCCCCAUCCGGGAGUGCUGAGGGCCAGUGCUGACCCACAGCACUUCCCUUGUCCAGCUGUCUGGGACUGAGGACCAUCUUUGCCUCAGGGUGGCGGCAACUUCCUGCAACCGCCAGGCAGAUGCCAGAGGGCCCAGGUCAGCCUCAGGCUGUGCCCCUAGACUGCAAAGAACCCUUGGAGCCCUGAAGGGACCUGAAGGUCAUGUCCCAAACCCAAGUUAAGUGUUCAGUGGGCAAAUGAGGGCAUGGGUUGAAACAGGGAAGCAACUCUAACCCUAUGUCAUCUCUCUCAGGAAGCACCAGUACUUAUCUUGGGCGUGCACUUGCCCUGAGAAAUGCCUGUUUGUGACUCCUGAAAAAGUAAUUAUUUUUUAAAACACUUUGUUGCUUCUCUUGUGGGUCUGAAUUCCCUUUUGUACCAGAUGGCAGUGCCUGUCUGCCAUUUGUUCCAGGGGCUCUGCAGGCAGGCUGAGUUUCCAGAGAGCUUUCAGAUCAUUUGUGUCUUCGAAGGAGUACAUGUGUUAUGCUCCCAGGACUGGGGGAGCUCGCUUUUCUUGUCCUCUGUUCCCAGCCUCCCCUGAACAGUCUUGCCCAUGAGAGACGUUCUCAGAUGAAGCUCUCUUUUCCUACCCCAGUUGUACUCAGGCCCUGUGGUUGUAGGAAUAAAGUCUGUGACUUCA